UGGAUUUACAAAUCCUUUAUUUAAAAUGGCAACGCCGAGUUUCUGUUGACAACAUUAGCAAUUUUAGCUAAAUAGUUAUUUCUGAUUCUAGGCAAAACGUUGUUUCUCUUAACUUUUGAUAGAAAGUGAAAUUUCCGUCAAUAUGUCGGAUGGAAAUGAAAAUAACUCCUAUGGAGGUUGUGAGGGACCAAACGCCAUGUAUGUAAAGCUCAUUUCCUCCGAUGGCCAUGAAUUCAUUGUGAAAAGGGAACACGCUCUGACUUCAGGCACUAUUAAAGCUAUGUUAUCUGGUCCUGGACAGUUUGCUGAAAAUGAAACAAAUGAGGUCAACUUCCGUGAAAUUCCGUCUCAUGUCUUGCAGAAGGUAUGCAUGUAUUUCACAUACAAAGUCCGCUACACAAAUAGUUCAACAGAAAUUCCUGAAUUCCCUAUUGCCCCUGAAAUUGCUCUUGAGUUGCUUAUGGCUGCAAAUUUUCUGGACUGUUAGACAUGCAAGCUUAUUGAACAAUCUUCAUGAAUUUAAUAUCUCACUUUAUUAAAUGUGGAAGUUCUAAAUACAAUGUCAGUACUAGCUGGUUAAACAAUA